AUGGAGGAGGAAGAGGCAGUAGCUAUCUAUUACACAACACAAAUGGAAAGACCCAAAGUUUUCCAGGAACAAAAGCUACUGCGUUGGAAGAUUGACUUUGGAGAGUGCUGGGAAGCAUUUGAAGUUAAGGAAGCUUUUAACUCCAGUGUGACCGUGAAACAGGUGAAUAACUAUCUUCUGGAUACAUACUUUUUGGACUACAAAGACGAAGAUUGGGAGUGGGACUGGGGGGAAGGGGACAAUAUAAUGAAGGAAAAUGGAAAUUAUCACUGGAUGGAACCCUCCGGAGACCCACUCCCCCAGAAACCAACAAUAGACAAAGAACUGCGUAAACACAAACAAGAACAAAAAAAUUUGCAGAAGGGGCCUAGAAGUGAUUUAAGGGCCUCGGACAUCAGAACACCAGACUGAUGGACUAUGUAACGGACAGAAAGGACUGAUAUGACUGAAACCAGGAAGAUGGAACGUUGGAUGAAAAUCAUAGAAAUUUUUAUGAUAAUUUUGGAAUUAGUCUAAUAUUAAUGAAAUUUGUCUAACAUUAAUGAAAUUUGAGGGAAUAUGCUGGAAAGGAACCAAAUUGGCUUUAGUAGAAAUGAUUUUAAGGAGAAAUGUAUGAAUGUGAUGAGAUUUCGAAAUUUUAAGAUUUUUAAGAUAAGAUAAGGUUAAAGAUUAAGGUAAAUUGAAUAACAGAUUAUAUUAAAAGAGGGAAAGGUUACGUUGAUUAACAAAUAAGAUAGAUUGUGAAGAUUAAUUAUAAAUUAAAAUUGAGAAAUAUGGGAAGAAUUUGCUGAAAUAACGAAUUAAACUAGAAUACAAAAAGGGAGGUGUGAGGAGGUUCAAGAAUCAAGCAAAUGAAAAGUCGAAAUUUGAGAUUUGUAUUUUCUUUUCUCUUUUUUUCUUAUUUUCUUAUUUUUUUCUUUUUUCUUUUUUGGGUUAGGGUUGGGGAGUUUUUAUGUAUUGAUGAAACUUUGAAUAAAUAUCAUUUUAAAAAAAAAAUGAGAGACAUGAGAUCUGCAGUGCUCAUUUCUCCUCAAGAUUUCUGCUCCGUCAAGGCUGGCAAAGUGCCCUUGAAUUUCAAACCAGAGCUCAGCUCACCUUAGGGAAGGUCGGAAUGGGUGUGUGUGCGCUUGAAGCAGAGACAAGCAUGUUAGUUUGCUUCCUCUAGGAAAAAAUGUCCAUAAAUCAUGUGGCUAUCACAUCAAGAUAAAUGGAACAAGGGUAGGGUCCUGAGGAUCGUAGCCUUUAUGUGGGAGACAGAUUCCUGGACUUUCAGCAGAUGCAUGAAGGAUAGUCCAGAGCAGACAGAUACCUGCCUUCCUACAAAGGGGAAGAAUGUGAGCACAGAUCUGUUGCAUUGUCCCCUUCACUGCUCUGACACUUUUUUCUGGAGAAUAAUCGGCAUGCCAGGAUUUGUUUCUUAGAGAUUUUCCUGCUUCGCUGCCCCACUGCACAGCUGUAUCUCUCCAACCCUCUGAGCAGGUGGGUAAGCAAGUUCAUUUCUUAGCUCUUCUACUCUUGCUAGCUGUUGAAUAAUGAGAUCCAAAAAACACUUAGGCAAAGCAGUUCGAGUUUCUGUCUAUCAUCAAAUGAGCCUCAAAAGCUGUGUUUUUUGUGUAUUGUUGUUGUUGUUGUUUUGGUGAUGUUCACAUUUUAGGGCCAACAUACAUGUCAUGAUAAAGAUGCUUUUACAAAAGUGAGCUUAAUUGGACCAUUUUUAUUUUUAAGGAAGCAGCUGUGUGAAGUUCUGAUCCAGGGACUCAGCUACGCUCAGUCAGUUGUAUCGUUGUAACUCCAUUGUAAAGAUGCGGCGCCAGAUGGGGCUGUAGAGCACAAAAUUUGUUUGUGCAAUUUUACAUAGGGUUGUUUUUUUCUUUUGUUAUAACGAUCUAAUUUAUGACUUAUUUAUAGUGUUUCCUCCUCUGUGUGUAGAUCCAGCCCAGGUCACAAUUGUGAUAUAGAUUGUGGUCUUCCAUGAGUUUCUCACCAAAUAUCCCCCCUUUGGUUGCUAUGGGUGUCUGAAGGUGCUGUCAGGUGCUGAAGGGAGGAUUUGGGGCAAUAAGGUGGAACAAGGUCCCACAUGCCUUCCCCUUCAAAAUUUAUUAAGCUGUUAUUUAAAUUGCUGUUGAACGGCAGGUAAUAACAAUUAAUAACAUUUGUUGUGAUUAAUAAAAAGUGAGAUUAAUUAAAGAUUCUUUAAAAGCAUUACUGAGCUCAUAAUACAAUUUUGUGUGUGUGUCAUUGUGUAUUUUCUCAAUUAAUGGAGCCUACAAUUACAACAAUUAGUCUUUCCCUAUUUCUUUGAGGUAACAAAGGGGAACCCCAUACUUGUAAAUGUGGGGAAUGUAUGCAUUUUGUAAAUAUUUCUUAGCUGGAGAACUGUCUUGCAACAUUCCGAAAACUGUGAAUUUAACAGGAUAGCCAAGUUAUGGUUCACUUACUGUUUCGUAAAGUGCAAAUUAGGUAACGUUACAUUUAAAUAUGAACUGAACUGAAUUUCUCCCACAGUAGGACACAAGUUUUUUGCUUGUCUCCAUCCAAGUGGAUGUUGAUUUUUUUUUCCUUAUUCACUUUGGUUAUACACAUGAAUAAUCAUAACUUAUACCUGGCCUCGUUGCUCUGGAACUGAGUUGUGAUGUUGGAGCAGCAGUUAGCAAUUCAGUGUGGCACCACAGCACCAUGCAAGUGAUAUUUCAGGGCACAGAGGGGUGGGCAGCAUUGGGGCUGAGUGUGGCCCCAUAGUGCAGAAUCCUAAGCAGCAGAGGAGUACUUCUCAUCCUCUAGCACCAGUACAUAGCAAUAUUUGCAGAAGGAAGGCUGGAGCUUAGAAAAGACGAGCCAGUGCUGGAAAAUUCUUCACCAUAUGCAGCCUUCUAAAUGUUAUCAUCCAAGACCACAGAACGGAUUCCCCUAUUUUAUUGUUGUAUUAUUAUUUUUUUACUUGUUUUACCUUUCAAUCAUAAAAAACAAAAUGCUUAUACAGUGAGGGGGUAAAGUAUCUGAUCUUCUGCUAAAUUUGCCCGUUUGCCCUCUGAUGAAGAAAUGUCCAGUCCAUAAUUUUAAUGGUAGGUUUAUUGUAGCUGUGAGAGACAGAAUAACAACAGGAAAACCCCCAGAAACCCAGAAGACAAAAGUCAGAGAUUGAUUGAAGUUACUUAAAAUGGGGGGGGGGAUCCCCUAAUAUAACAAAUAUAUUGUGGAUUCUACCAAACUUGGGAACUUUCCAAGAAUUUGGGCAUCCACUUCCCUCUCUUUUAAUGGGGCUGUGGAUGGGAUAAAUUUCAUUUCUUUUGAAACAAAAAGCUUUCAAUUUCCACAGCAAGAUAUACUGAGAUGUAUGUUUUGUAUCUUAACUUAAAACACCCAAUAUUUCAUCUGGUCCCAUACUUGGUUACUUUUAAAUUCUGCAUUGACAAAAAACAAAAACAAAAAAAAUCUGCUUUGUUUCUUAACCUAACAGGACAUUCUAUGGGAUGAACAUCCCACAGAACUCUGAAAAGGAACGUGUCAAUUCAACUAUCCCAAUGGAUAAUAUUUCAUUCCUAUUUAAACAAAGAUCCUGUGUUUCCCCAGCGCAGGCUCAAAUGGCUCAAAGAGAAAAGUUAUCUACUUAUCUUGUUUAUUUGCAAAAAUGGAAGGCGGUGGGGAGGGGGACAGGAAGGAAACCAGAAUUUUUCUAAUGGUCCUUUUGAUGCCAUUGUUAGCAUUCUCCCCCACCUAGAUGCCUUCAUCACCAGGAAGGAUAUAGGGCUUGUCUCAGUGCUUAUCUCAAAGUUCUAUGGCAGGAAGAAUGACCCUCUGUAAAGAAGAAUGCUUGGUCAGCAUCUUUUUGCCUUCCAUGGCCUUUAACCCAGGCCUAGAGCAUCGUUAUGGCUUCCUGAAAGCUUACUCUGGCUUGCACAAUGCAUUUGUUACAUUGGUUCUUUUAUUUCUGUACAGCACCUCACAACCCAUCAAAGAAGUCGAAAAAGUACAGUGGUACAUAGAAUCAUAGAAUCAUAGAGUUGGAAGAGACCACAAGGGCCAUCGAGUCCAACCCCCUGCCAAGCAGGAAACACCAUCAGAGCACUCCUGACAUAUGGUUGUCAAGCCUCUGCUUAAAGACCUCCAAAGAAGGAGACUCCACCACACUCCUUGGCAGCAAAUUCCACUGUCAAACAGCUCUUACUGUCAGGAAGUUCUUCCUAAUGUUUAGGUGGAAUCUUCUUUCUUGUAGUUUGGAUCCAUUGCUCCGUGUCCGCUUCUCUGGAGCAGCAGAAAACAACCUUUCUCCCUCCUCUAUGUGACAUCCUUUUAUAUAUUUGAACAUGGCUAUCAUAUCACCCCUUAACCUCCUCUUCUCCAGGCUAAACAUGCCCAGCUCCCUUAGCCGUUCCUCAUAAGGCAUCGUUUCCAGGCCUUUGACCAUUUUGGUUGCCCUCCUCUGGACACGUUCCAGUUUGUCAGUGUCCUUCUUGAACUGUGGUGCCCAGAACUGGACACAGUACUCCAGGUGAGGUCUGACCAGAGCAGAAUACAGUGGCACUAUUACUUCCCUUGAUCUAGAUGCUAUACUCCUAUUGAUGCAGCCCAGAAUUGCAUUGGCUUUUUAGCUGCCGCGUCACACUGUUGGCUCAUGUCAAGUUUGUGGUCAACCAAGACUCCUAGAUCCUUUUCACAUGUACUGCUCUCAAGCCAGGUGUCCCCCAUCUUGUAUUUGUGCCUCUCAUUUUUUUGCCCAAGUGCAAUACUUUACAUUUCUCCCUGUUAAAAUUCAUCUUGUUUGUUUUGGCCCAGUUCUCUAAUCUGUCAAGGUCGUUUUGAAGUGUGAUCCUGUCCUCUGGGGUGUUAGCCACCCCUCCCAAUUUGGUGUCAUCUGCAAAUUUGAUCAGGAUGCCCUUGAGUCCAUCAUCCAAGUCGUUGAUAAAAAUGUUGAAUAAGACCGGGCCCAAGACAGAACCCUGUGGCACCCCACUAGUCACUCUUCUCCAGGAUGAAGAGGAACCAUUGAUGAGCACCCUUUGGGUUCGGUCAGUCAGCCAGUUACAAAUCCACUGAGUGGUAGCAUAGUCAAGACCACAUUUUACCAGCUUCUUUACAAGAAUAUCAUGAGGCACCUUGUCAAAUGCCUUGCUGAAAUCAAGGUAGGCUACAUCCACUGCGUUCCCUUCAUCUACCAGGCUUGUAAUUCUGUCAAAAACGAGAUCAGGUUAGUCUGACAUGACUUAUUUUUCAGAAAUCCAUGCUGACUAUUGGUGAUCACAGCAUUCCUUUCUAGGUGCUCACAGACUGUUUGCUUAAUGAUCUGCUCCAGAAUCUUCCCUGGUAUUGAUGUCAGACUAACUGGGCGGUAAUUAUUUGGGUCCUCACUUUUCCCCUUUUUGAAAAUAGGGACAACAUUUGCCCUCCUCCAGUCUGCCGGGACUUUGCCUGUUCUCCAGGAAUUCUCAAAGAUGAUUGCCAGUGGUUCUGAGAUCACAUCUGCCAGUUCUUUUAAUACUCUUGGAUGCAGUUCAUCUGGCCCUGGAGACUUGAAUACAUCUAAACUAGCCAAGUAUUCUUGUACUAUCUCCUUAGUUAUUCUGGGCUGUGUUUCCUUUGCUGAAUCAUUUGCUCCAAAUUCUUCAGGUCGGGCAUUGUUUUCUUUAUCGGAGAAGACUGAGGCAAAGAAGGCAUUGAGGAGUUCAGCCCAUUCUGUGUCCCCUGUUUGCAUUUCACCAUCUUCUCCUCUGAGUGACCCCACUGUUUCUUUGUUCUUCCUUUUGCUACGGACAUACCCAUAAAAGCCUUUUUUGUUGCUUUUAACCUCUCUAGCAAGCCUGAGUUCAUUCUGUGCUUUAGCUUUUCUGACUUUGUGUCUACACGUGCUGGCUAUUUGUUUGAAUUUCUCUUUGGUGGUUUCCCCCCUUUUCCAUUUUUUGUACACAUCCUUUUUUAAUCUUAACUCAGUUAAAAGUUCUUUAGAUAGCCACCCUGGCUUCUUUAGGUACCUUCCAUGUUUCUGUCUCAUUGGUAUUGCCUGACGUUGUGCUUUUAGUAUCUCCCUCUUAACAAACUCCCAGCCAUCAUGAACUCCCUUUCCUUUUAGUAUUACUGUCCAUGGGAUCUCACUCAGCACUUCCCUAAGUUUUAUGAAGUCAGCUUUCUUAAAGUCAAGAAAUUGAGUCCUAGUAUGCUUGGCUGCUCCUUUCCGCUGUAUAGUAAACUUCAGAAGAGCCAACAACAACAAAUUUAUUAAAUUUGUGAGGUCCAUGCCUUUACACAAAAUACCAUAAAACAUUAUUAAAAGAUAAACCAAAAAGAUUAUAAAAAUAAGCUAAAAUUCAUGCCAUGUUGUCCCAGCAAGGAAACUACCCAAAAAACCCCACCAUUCAAGGAAGAAGGUUCAGCAACAGGUUAGGAGAGCAAUGGGAGGGACCUCACCAUUUCAUCCAGGAACCAUACCCUAGUUUUCAUAGCCUUCACCACAAAGACCGCUACCACGUGAGAAAUCCGUGGAUCAGCGUCUACCAGUAAAAACUUUACUUGGUCCUCAGAGUUGACUAUUGAUUUAGGUAUGGUUUGUAACAUCGCAUCUCUGAAGGCCGAAUAGAUGGGACAAUACAACAUGUAAUGUAUGAGAUCCUCUUUGGUUCUCAUAUAACAAGGACAUAUCCGCUGCUCUACUGGGAUUUUUGCAUAUCUGCCUGACAGAUAGGCCGUAGGAAUGGUUUGAAAACGGGCCAUAGUAAAGGCUCUCCGAAGAGUGGGAUUGGUGAUAUUCGCCAAGUAGUUGGCGCAGAUUUUGACUGCUUUCAGUCGGGGAAGCCAGUGGGAGGACCCUGGGAUCUGUAUUUUGUGGUAUCUAACAGAGCGUCUCUCUCCAGGAUCCAUUUCCGGACUUUGUCCGGGCUCCACCGUUUGAGGAUAUUAAACUCCGGUAGGGUGUAUCUAACCAGGAUCUCAGAUAAGUUUUGGCGCCAAGUGGUAUUCUUUUGAAAAGAUACGAAGGCUUGUUUGGCCAAUAAGGUGUUUGAAGAGUUUGCAAGGUUGAUGUAAAAUCGUAGGAAUCUUAAGUGGGCCCUGGCAGACACAGAGGUUGAUGGGUGGAUUCUUUUGACUUGGUUUCUGGGUCUCCCAGCUGAGGCUCCUGUUCUGGUCGGGCCUCAAGGGCUGUACUUUCUGUAGUUGCCUGUGCCAACUCGGUUGCCAGGUCAACUCCUUUUCCUCCUCCUCCCUCUGCUUCCAUGCCCCUUCUGAACGAGAUACGGUCGACAGACCAUUCGUGCGGAUGCAGGCUCCCUAUGUUUUUAUUUCUUUUCACAUCCUCUGCUUUUGGUUUAAAAUAAUAUGGAAUUUUUGCCUGCUUCUUCUUUGGGGCAGGGGGUUCAACAGCUUGUGCUUGAGCUAGAGGGAUCCCCAGUUCUUUAUAAUUCUGUCUUGUAAGAACCAUUUAAGUUAUCUUCUCUAGCCGUGUGCUAGGGCCUUAUUCAACAGGAGCUCAAAGGUUGUAAUUAGCCUCGAAUGGGGGAGGAAAGGGGAGGAUUUAAGAAAUACCUCCUGGUAACUCCCGGAUUCUUUUAUCAGGCUAGAACUUUGAUUUUUUCUGAAUGUCUUUCUGUAUUAUUGUAAUUAUUCUGUAAAAGCUCCUACUCACUCUGUUGAGGCUCACAGGAGGCUUACUGCCGGCGCCAUCUUCCUCUCCCAGAAGAGCAUGAUCACUCGCGCCUAAUGAUCCUUCCACUUCUACCCCACUAACCAGGUCAUCAACAUUGGUUAGGACCAGAUCUAAAAUGGCUGUUCCUCUUGUUGCUUCUCCCACUUUCUGGACAAUGAAGUUGUCUGCAAGGCCAGUGAGGAAUCUGUUUGACCUUGUGCUCUUGGCUGAGUUUGACAUCCAACAAAUAUCCGGGUAAUUGAAGUCCCCCAUUACUACUAUCUCCCUUCCUUUUGCAUGCUUGGCCAUCUGUUCCAGGAAGGCAUCAUCUAUGUCCUCCGUUUGGCUUGGGGAUCUAUAGUAAACUCCCACAAUGAGGUCACUGUUAUUCUUCUCUCCCUUAAUUUUGACCCAAAUGCUCUCACUUUGGCUUUGAGGUUCUAAAUCUUGGAUCUCUUCACAGGUAUACACAUCCCUGACAUAUAACGCCACUCCUCCUCCUUUCUUGUCUGGUCUGUUUCUCUGAAAUAGAUUGUAUCCCCCAUUAUUACAUUCCAAUCGUGGGACUUAUCCCACCAGGUUUCAGUGAUGCCUAUUAUGUCAUAUUUAGUUUGCUGUACCAAGAGCUCAAGCUCAUCUUGUUUAUUUCCCAUGCUUUGCGCAUUAGUGUACAGACAUUGAAGUCCAUUAAUCAUUCCCCCAUGACUCUUAUUUAAGGAUUUUAUCCUCCCACCAUUAGGUCUGUGUGCUGUUUGCUCUCAAACUUAAUCCAUUCCAAAACCAAAGCGUUCCAAAACCAAGGCUCGCUUUCCCGUAGAAAGUAAUGCAAAAUGGAUUAAUCUGUUCUAGAUUUUUAAAAACAACCCCUAAAACAGCAAUUUAACAUGAAUUUUACUAUCUAACAGGACCACUGUUCCAUAACAUGAAGGCAAUAAACAAUGUACUGCAGUCACACAAUCAAUCAAUCAAUCAGUAGCUGAACUGGGUUCCACACAGUCACAAAAGCAAAACAAAAAAGCCCCCAAAACAAAAGCACAAAAUAAAUAGACAGACCUCAGCGUAACACUCAAAACGGCAGUGUGGCACUCAAAUCGGAAGCUUAACACUCCAAAUGGAGCACAUUUGGCUUCCGAAAAAAGUUCACAAACCAGAACACUUACUUCUGGGUUUGCAGUGUUUGGGUUCCAAGUUGCUUGAGUACCAAGCCAUUUGAGAACCAAGGUACCACUCUACACAAUUAACAGUAGCUUUUCCCCAAAUGGCCAGCAUCAGCACAUAAAAGGGAUGUGGUUCUGCACAGGAGUUUUAGCCCAUUUCUACCAGGAAUUGAAUGGGAGUUGUGUUUUAACCCUGCGUGUGUAAGAGAGGGCUCAUAUUCAACACUUCCAUUUCUCCAGGGAAACCGGGUCUUUAUUGCUGAAUCGGAGCAAACAUCAACCAGGUUUUCUGCUGAUUGACAGUUGCUCCGUGUCCUGAACCCCUGGAUUACCUCUCAGCAAAUCAGUAUGGCAAGUGCAAAGUCCAAAGUCCGGGGCUCAAGCCACACAAGUGAAGUCCAAAGGUCAGGAAACACAGUCCAAGGCCAAUCCAAGUAGCCAAGUCUGAAGUCCAGCAAUCAGAAUACAGUCCAAAGUCAAUACUGAAGCACAGUCCCAUAGGGACGAGAGAUACCCCAAAACGUUAAGUAGGCUGCACAAAUGUAGAGAAUUUUCUUCCACAAAAACGUUUUGACAGAACCAGAGGCCUCUUCACUGAGGACCUCCUCUUAAAUGCUAGGCUGGUGCGUUGAAGUUGCUCAGCAACUGGGAGAGACCCAAAGGGAAUGGGCUGCUUUUGCCAGGCUUUUCUUCAAGCAUGUUUGCUCUACUCCCUUUUCCUCGUAAGGUAAAGGACCCCUGGAUGGUUAAGUCCAGUCAAAGGAGACUAUGGGGUGCAGCACUCAUCUUGCUUCAGGCUGAGGGAGCCGGCGUUUGUCCGCAGACAGCUUUCCGGGUCAUGUGGCCAGCAUGACUAAUCCGCUCCUGUCACAACGGGAUACUGUGAUGGAAGCCACGGAAAUGCCAUUUAGCUUCCCACCACAGUGGUACCUGUUUAUCUACUUUCACUGGUUCAACAAAGUCUUCUUUAGAGUAGACCCAUUGAGAUUUGGGUCAACUCGGAGUAGCACUAAACUUGAGUACAACUCAUGACCUCUUAAUUAAUAAAACAAAUCAACAAAUAUGAAAGGGAACAAACCUCUCUUCCACUUGAUUUACAGGAAAUAGUUUUCACACACACCCAUGAGGUCUUCCAAAUGUUUUCCACUAUUGUUUGUAAUACACAUAUAAACACGCUCUGAAAAGACAAUGUCUUAAUCAAAACAAGCCUUUUGAAGGUUAGAUAGGGUGCUUGGAUUUUGGCUUGUGUCCAAUUUAGGGUUAAGUAAACCUCUCAUCAGGGCAAGGAUUUUUAACAAUGGGACUUUCCCUCCUCUCCUUCUCUUCUGCCCCCUAAAUCUGUUCUGAGGGUCCCCCAAUCCUCUACUGCAGAUUUAAGCAUGUGUGUGUGUGUGGCAAUUGUGCAAGUGGAAAUCCUUGUGCUGAUAGGACAAGAGAGUUGGAUACCAACCUAUUUGAAUGCUGGCACGUGUGUGAGAGAGGACAGAAAGACAAAUGAGGAAGACAGAAAGACACACAAACGUUGUGACUUUAUGUGCAUCUCCCCCAAUCAAUGAUAUUUCAUGCAUAAUUCCAUAGUGACCAAUGUGCCAUUUGUAAGCUUCCUCACAUAAUAUUUUGUGUUUUAGCUAAUAUUAUUGAACUCUAAUUAACAUUAAACUAUGUUAACUGCCUUGAUCUUCCUUACAGAAAUAGUCAAGAAGUAUGUCACCUGUAGUUAAAAUGCUUUCUUGUUAGUCUGCUUUAAAAUCUGCGACCUGUUCCCACCCUUCCCCAAAUGUAUGGCAAUAUACAUAAAUAACUAAUGUUUCAUGGACAAGUGUCAAAUUUACGGCAAUGUUUAUUGGAAACUGGGGGAAAGGUUUUUCCGGCAAAUGGCUUGUGACCAAUGUAACAUGACCAAUGUACCACAUGAAAAUUCAUUAAUAGAUACCCACAAAUAAAUACCUCCCAAGCAAGACCCUAUACUGUGCAUUCGCAAGUUGCUGCUCAGCAUCAAGUUUAUGUGGGAAGCCAUAAGGCGCUAACUAGGCUUUGGGAAGGAGGUGGGAGAAGACUCUGGGACCUUGCCAGAGCCCUCUUGCCUCCUUCUCAAAACCCAGCACCUCACUUACCUGGGUUUGGGAAGGCAGCGUGAGGGCUGUGGGGGGUCAUUAAAUGACAAGUACCACCCCAAAAGGCAUUGAGGGCAGCUUGUUGGACCACGCUGUCCCAGAUUAUGUCAGCGGCAAGGCAGGUACAGGGUUCAAUAAUUGCUUCUACUGUAUAACGCUGUCCACCUACUCUUGGGGUUUGAACUUUCUUCCGUACCUUGAGUGGGCAUUACUCAUACUUGCAGGUGGCUCUGGAGAGUCAUGUGAUGAAAGUCCUUCUGCCUGUGGCUCUUGUGCCAUUUUCUUUCUUUCUCUAGCUAUUGGGUGGCCUUCCUGGGGUGUCCAAAUUGGCCAUGGUUUCAUUCAUCUUAGCGUCUUCCUUUAUCUCGUCUCUUGUUUCAGCAAGAGUUUGCUUUAGUGACCACCCACUUUCUAUUGACACACCAUACAACCUGGACCAUCCUAAAGUCUCUGCAACCAUUCCAGGGUGGCCAUUUCCCAUCUUGGUUUUGUGCCAUUAUGUUUGAAUUUCUGGGUCCAUAGUAUUUUGGCUCUUUCAUCCUAGUGGGAUUUCUGUUUUAAUUUUCCAUUGUUCCAGCUUUGUUUUACUUGGCGGUGAUCUCCUGCUCUUGGCUUCAGGAUGGAGUUCACAGCAGGUACCUGGAUUUCAGCCUUUUGCUCAUAAGGAUCAUGAUUCCAUGGGUGCGUUGCAGUAGUUCAGUUGCUGAUUUGCAGCUUGUGGGUGUGGUAGUCCCUCGCGACUGUUUUGAUCCUGCCUAAAGCCAUUUCUGUAACUCAUCGUGUUGCCAGGAUACUUUUUAAUCAUGUGGAACCUUACUCCAGAACAACAACAAAUGGAUUAGCUGUUGGCUAUCAAGUGAAUUGUGUUAAGAGGAUUCUGAGUGAUAUGGAGUAAAAUGUUGGCUAAUGAUAUAGCAAAAAACUUUAUAUCAAGGUUGGGCAGUUAACUAUCUAUCUUGAGGUAAGAGACAGUGGCAGGAAAAAUGUGUGGCAUGGUAAUAGUAGGAAGGCAAGGGUUGAUUGUCAAUGUAUUGACUUGGUAAUGGAUUGGAUGAGAGCCAAUAAACUGAAGCUCAGUCCAGAUUAAGGCACUGUUAGUGGUUAUACAUCAUCUGUAUUUUCCCAUAGUUGUCCAGCAUUGUCCAGAACUUGGCCUCACCAGCUGCAGGGCUAGGGGGAGGUAGACCUCAGGCGGCAACAGAGGCUCUGGCUCCAUCUGCAUUUGGGCUCCCUGUUUUGUGCCCUCCCAGUCCCAUUGGGCACUGGUCAUCACUGGUUUGACCCCUGCUAUAUUUCUAGUUCUUGGCUCGCCAUCAAGAAUAGCUCAGUCUCUAAAGCACAAGACUCUUAAUCUCAAGGUCAUGGGUUCAAGCCCCAUGUUGGACAAAAAGAUUCCUGCAUUGGAGGCAGUUGGAUUUGACGGCUCUCAUGGUCCCUUAGCCAACUCUACAAUUCUGUGACCCCUGCUUUAUUUUUGGUGCACAACCCCCAUCUGCAAAAGAGGGUACAGAUUUUCAUGAGACAUAAAGUGUUCGCAAAUUUUAUGCAGAUUUGUGUCUUCUUUGGCAGGUGCAGAAGAAGGCCGAAUAUAUGGUAUACCCCACCCUUUGGGCACCCCUGGGCACCAAAUAAGACAAAGCUAGGAAAAUAUCACUUGGAUUAAGGUGAAGUUUUUCUUUUCAGGGUGUCUAGCUAUAAAAGCAACCUAGAAGUUCCAGACUGCUGCUAUUAUUGACACUAGUUUCGAUUUCUUUAGAAAUGCUUGCAAUGUAUUAGUGGUAACCGGCAACGAUAGAGUUAAACAUUGUAUUCGAGGAUUUUUUUUGUUAUGAGUUGGACCAUUCUCCCCCUUAGUUUAUUCUUGUGGAUGCUUUCGCUUUCCUAGGCAGUUGUGUUUGCCUGUACAUCAGCAAACACCCUUGAGUUCUGAGCCUCCAAAGUGAGUAUCCAUGCCUUUUGUUAAAUAGGAAGUUAAAAGUAUUUACAAGGAUUUGAACAAGGAAACACCAGGUUGGGGAUUAUUUCCAGAAUUCUUUGUCCUUUCAAAACAGGUUUGUUUGGUUUUUUUCUGUCUCUCUAUCCCUGCCAAAGCUCUUGCACUAACAAGCCUCUCUGCUGUUAUUUAUUUCUGUAAGGUUGAAAUAAAUAAGUGCCACAAGGAAAGAUGGCGCUUAACCACUGGCUGCUGCUGCUGCUGCAAGUGCUGCACGAAGUGACAGGUUCCAGGGUAAAACUCAACAUGGGCGGUUUUGAAGACGUCGUCAUCGCAAUCAAUCCCCAGAUCCCAGAAGACAACAAAAUGGUGGAUGCCAUCAAGGUAAGAUAGUUAAAUGUUUCUGAAUGUAUUGAAUAAGCGACUUCAGACAGUGAUAUUCUAGGAAAAUGCAAGUUGCAUUUUGCAAGCGUGGGGUGCCAGGUGCUUCUGACCUCCCCACACCACAAGUCUUAUCCCAAGUGUACAGGUGGGACUUGUAUAGGGUUGCCAUAUUUAAAAAAGUAGAAUUCCUGACACUCACAGAGCUAUUAAGCUUUUUUGUAGGAAACCACCAAAAUUGUUUCUGAAUUCUGCAUUUUGCAAGCGUGGGUGUCAGGGUACUCCUGGCUGCCCCUACACCCCACAACUUUUUCAUCCCUUUCUAAAAGUAACAUUCCACAAAGUUGUUGAGCUUCUUAGCAAGACCCCAAAAGCUCCGCCCAAAGUAGUGAUUUUAAGUUUUUAGAGCUGGUUUCCGCUGGUUCGGCAAAAUUUCACCCUGACGCCAUUUUUACACCCAAAAACCAGGUCAUGUCAGGAAUGUUCCUGCCAUAGUGCAAGCCUAGGUCACUUGCAAGAAAAAAAAUAUUGAUAGCCUGGAAUAUUCCUCUUCCCUAAUCCAUACAACUGGGGUAGUUCGUUCUAUCUCCCCCUAGCACCUCCUUCCAGUGAGCACAUUUAGUCCUCCUUCCUUUUUGAGGUCUCUCACCAUUGCUUUUUUGUUUUUAAUUUCUGCAAUACCUUGGGUGCUCCCAAGCCCGCUAGAUUACUCUUGUAAAUGGGCGCUUCUAUUUUGGCUGCCCGAGCAAUGGCAAUCACAGCCUGAGUGUUGGAAACAGAAAACAGAGGGAAGGGUCUGUGCCAGAACUGGGUGCAUGUACUCUGAGGUAAAUGUACUCUGAGGUAAAUGUUGUGCAGGUUUUGACCAUUAGAGGUUAAAAUGUCCUGUUCAUAGGUUUCUUUAACUAACCGGAGCGCUUUGACACCAGAUUUCAGGAAAUUGUUCCAGAAAUGGGGUGCUGUUUCUGGGAAGUGCUCUCCCUUCCUCUCAGUGGCUUUGCCUUAGCUCACAUGGCAGCUGCCCCCAGUGGAGGAAGACGGUUUCUUUGCUCUAGGCUUCAGCUUCCUGCCUGGCAUUGCAAUAGUUCAAUCUGUUUGGGGGCCCCAUGGCCAGCUCCAUUGAAGGAGAAAUAUAUAAAUGUCGCACUUUGUAGGAAUUGCUUCAGAUUGCUCUGUUAAUAAGCAACACAGAAGAACCUUUGUCACUAUACAGGGCUGAUUGUGCACUCGAGGUUGUUGCGCAGGGUAGACUUGCACAAACAAUAUGACGGCCACUUAAAAACAAACAAAAAUGGCCGCCCUCCUGUCAUGUACAGCUUCCCCCACUAUUUUCUCCUUCAUACCAGGAAUAGCUUUGCAUACUAUGUCAAGCAACACUCAGUGGCACAGGAGGAUCCACCAAAAAAAGUAUGUGAAUUGCAUCUACCAGAUUUUUGAAGACAGGGGUUCAACUUUUCAACAUGCAAGGCACUCCAGCUUCAGGAAAGAAAGAUGGCAGAAGAGACCAAAGGGCACAUUUUGUAAACACAAAUGCCAAUAACUAGCCAUUGACACACAAAGGUUUCUCCUUUCCCUGUUAGGACAUGGUGAAAGAGGCAUCAACUUAUCUCUUCAGCGCUACACGGCAAAGAUUUUAUUUCAAGACAGUGAAAGUUAUAAUUCCUUCCACAUGGAAACCAAAAAAUGAAUAUCAAAGAGUAACUACAGAAUCCUAUGAUAAGGUAAAUGCUGAAGAAUACAUUAAGAUUUAAAUAUACUUGUGGUAUUUUUAAAAAGAUUGGGGCAAAUGGAGAGAUUGUGGGGGGUGGGGAUACAAGAUAUUGUAUGAUCUAAUAAAAAUUCUUAUUAUUUAUUCAUUUAUUUAUGAUUAAAGUUCUAUACAACCCUUAAUCUGAAGAUCGCAGGACUCUUUACAAUACAAUGACACAAAAAUAUAUACCAAAAUAACAAACAAAAACAACCCUCUCCCUCCCCCCCCCAGUUUAAAAGUCCAUAGAAUGUUUAAUUAGCCAAAAGCCUGAGAGAAGAGGAAUGUCUUUGCCUGGUGCCUAAAGAUAAGUAAUGCAGAUGCUAAGCAAUAAUAUCUAUAUUUCCCACUUUUGGAUGCAACUGGAUUUAUUUUUGAGUAAACAUGCAGAUCUGGGCUAUAUACGGCUUAAUUUUCUUAUAGACGUCAUGAUAUCUAAAGCUGGGUUAAAGUGGUUGCGGGCCUUCGUGUGUUCCCCCAGCCUUCUCUCCAAAAGGAAUUCAUGCCAUAACAGUACCAGAAUUACAUCUUGAAAUAUCUUUAAAGACAAAUGAAUUUAGUACACCUGAUUUCGUGGGCUCACUUAUAGACAAUUGUAUUCUUAAUAAAUACCUGAAGCUAUUCCUUGUAUAGUAGCAUUGUCUAGUAAGCUUUCUUUUUCUUUUUCUUUUAAUGGAAGCUCAGAGUAUGACAGGAAUUUCUGGGCUGUCCACCUCUAUAUCUUCUUUGUUCUAUUUUAUUUUAGGCAGAUGUCAUAGUGGCGGAUCAUUACUUGAAACAUGGAGAUGAUCCCUACACCCUACAGUAUGGCGGAUGCGGGGAACCUGGGCGAUACAUUCAUUUCACUCCUAACUUCCUGACAAAUGACAAGUUGCAUAAUGCUUAUGGUCCACGAGGUAGCACCUGUUAAUUCAGAUUAAAUUGUCUGGGUUGUUGUUUUUUAAUUAUUAGAAUUGCUAGUCAAGUUUUCAAAAGGUAAUAAAGAUAGAAUUCCUAAGAAACCAUUAAGACUUUCAAUGCAGUUGCUUAAUCGCUCCUAAAUUUACGUAAGAAAUCUGCAAUAGUUUCACAUGAGGUUCAUCAAUACAUUUUCAACCCCAAAAAGCUAUCUUGCUGAAGCUAUCUGAGCCUCUCUUCCUCUUUCCCAUGUUACCGCAGCUGCUUGUGUACCAUACAUUUAAAGUACAUGACUUCUUACAUACAGUUCCCAGGAAGUCGUGUGCUUUGAUUGCAGGGGCCAUAGUAAGACCCGCCUUGUCAGAUGCAACUGUUGAUUAAAGGGUCAUCACCUCAUUGGCUUCUGUGAUGUAGGGAGACAAACAGGGACUUCUCUUCUGAAUCAGAUUGAAAAGUUGGCUACCCCUUCUAUAGUUAUUCAAUUGCUGGUGUGAUUUCACAGUAUUUCAAAUUUUAUUUUAGUGUUUUUUUUAACAGGAUGUAUGUUUGCUAUAAUUACUAGCUGUGUGUCGUACAUUUAAAAAAACAAAAAACUGUGUCGCAAAUUUUAGUUUUGUUAUUGGUGUUCUACAGGCAGGGUCUUUGUCCAUGAAUGGGCUCAUCUCAGAUGGGGUGUCUUUGAUGAAUACAACAAUGAUGCACCUUUCUACACUCCUGGGGGAGACAACUUGCCUGAAGCAACAAGGUACUUUCACAAAUACCUCCAACAAAUGCAUCUCUUCUUUAAGAAGUGAUGUUUGCCUUGGGCUUGCUAGUUUUUUAGUGGUGUGAAUUAUUGCCUAGAGAGCAUCUUUGGGUCCCCAGAUGUUGUUGGACUACAUCACCCCUAGGUUGUAGGACCAGUGGUCAAAGGAUGAUGGCAGUUGUAGUCCAACAACACCUGCGGAUGUUGAGAAAGGCUCCUCUAGAGGAUUAAACUGUAAUUGGAAGAUAUACAAAGGAAAUCUCUUAUGGGAGCCAAGUUGGGCAAUGCCCUGCCUGCUGGUAACCCCAGCUAGUGGCCGCUUGUGCUCUGCCCAACCCCUUAACAUCAACCAGCUUAUUCAGUGGGUGACAAGAAAUUUUCCGUGCCGGGUACCACCUGACCUUGCUACGCCACUGAUUCAGUCUCUCUGAAGACCAUUUUCAGACUCUAAUUAUGAUGGCUUAUCAGCUUUACUCUGGCACGCACUCAUGAAAGCAAUGAGCAAUCGCUGUGUGCUGCUAGGUCCCACUCCCACAGCCUCAGCCCUGUAUACCUGAAGGAGUGUCUCCACCCCCAUCAUUCAGCCCAGACACAGAGGUUCUGCUCUGAGGGCCUUCUGGAAGUUCGCUAACUGCAAGAAGUGAGGUUACAGGGAACCAGGCAGAGGGCCUUCUUAGUGGUGGUGCCCGCCCUGUAGAACGCCCUCCCAUAGAUGUCAAUGAAAUAAACAACUACCUGACUUUUAGUAAACAUCUGAAGGCAGCCCUGUUUAGGGAAGUUUUUAAUGUUUGAUGUUUUAUUGUGUUUUUAAUAUUCUGUUGGGAGCUGCCCAGAGUGGCUGGGGAAACCCAGCCAGAUGGGCGGGGUAUAAAUAAUAAAUUAUUAUAAUAUUAUUAUUAUUACUCCUGCCUCCAAUGGAGGUGAGGGGCAACAACAUUCCUUUCCUCACCCCCACCCACAACCAAUUUCUUCUCUCCUGAGAAAGCCUAGGUAGGGUGUUGAGAGACCCAUGGCUACUUCAUUAAGCCUUCUUCCCAUUGUUAACAUUCAGGAGUCCUUCCAGACAUAGCAGUUAGCACAGAGAUAAUGCUUGCCAUUGUUUCCCAUAGGCUAAUUUUAAUCAGCUCCUCCUACCAAUCCAGUUGCAACAUGUUGUUGUUGUUGUUGUUGUUGUUGUUGUUGUUAUCAAUUCAAUUUAAAUCCCACCCUUCCUCUGGUUGGCAUGGAAGAAAACUGCAUAGGAUUGCAAUCAUGCCACCAAGUGAUUGUUUAUUGACUUUUAAAUUGACUGUAUCUGUUUCUUUUUACAUUCGUUAGAUGCUCAGCUGGUUUCACUGGUCAAUACAUAUUUCCGCUUGGUGGAAAAAGUUACAGAGAUUGCAAAAUUGACCACCGAACUCAGCUGUAUGAACAUGGUUGCCUGUUUGUUCCAAAAAGACAUCAAGAUACUGCAGCUUCUAUAAUGUACUUGCAAAGUCUCCCUUCAGUAAGUAUAAUGAAUCUAGCUUUCUUAGUUCAAUGUUAUCCCACGAGAUUUGGACUGCCUAGGGGCCUCCAGGGGGUUUAAUCUGGCACUGUUUCUGUUGAGCUACUUGUUCAUCUCUUUCUUCUCUUACUCAACUUAAUAAUUCCUUCACCUUCUGACUCUGUAUUUCUGCAAACUUUGGGUUUGCCCCUAACCCUCCUGAUACCUUCCCCUCAUGCAAGAAUGGCGCUUUCUGCAGCGUAAUGACCAACAUUCAGAGAACUGAGUUUCCUAUUCAUAUAAACAAGUGAGGCUCUGCAAUGAAACCUUGCUUGUUUUUGUGUGGUGGGGUAGCCUUCAAAGCUUCCCCUUCUUAGGCAAGAUACUGCCCAGAGUGAAAGACUAGGUAGGUGACCAAGUGAGUGAAUGAGUGACUGAGUGCAUGACCCAGUGAACAGGCAGAUAGCUAGAGAGGGCAAGUGAGUAAAUGGACAGCUAGCAGGUGGCUGACUAGUGCCCAAAUACUCCUCCGGUGGAGCCAGCUGGUCCAGGUUAGAACUAGCUAUUUCAUUCUGGCUGAUGGUCUCAUAGUUAAGCCAACUCUUCUCUCCUUGAGUUGCAAGGUGCUGGGCACUCUAUGUAGCAGGCGAUCUUUCUCCCUUGUAGGAUGCCCAGACCUUUGGCACCAGUGAGAGGCCUUUCUCUGCUUCCCUUCCGGGUGCGAAGGUAUCUCAUUAACACGUGUUCUUUUGCUGAGGGAUGGAGGUGAGGGGAAAAGAGUUUGCUUGGCGACUGCUGAAGCUUGGCUAAGCUGCCAGGACAAUGCUCUUGGGUGUAGCUAAACCCUAUCUCCUCCUAUUCUUAUUUCCUUAACACAGAAGACGCCUUUUCCAUCUGAGGAAGAAGGCAGCAGGGCUCUGCUUGAUGAGGCAGCUUAAUCCCCAGUGCUUUAGACAAAUGGCUUUCAUUCUUCCUUCACCUGCAGGAGUUCAGGAAAAAAACCCAGAGCAGAGUGAUGCAGACAUGUGUAGCCUGUUUCUAUGUAGGGUGUUUUUUUGUGUGUGGCUUUUAAAAUUAUUUGGGGUUCACCCAAUAUUUUUUCCCUACUUCUGCGUACCUCAAGGAUUACCCAAGUUGUCUUAUACCUCCCUCUUGUGUAUGGCUGUUGCCAUUUCAGUGACAUAAAGGUUGAUGUUCUCCCUUGCAGUUACUGUAUUUAUAGAUAUCAACCCAUGACAGGGAAAGUGAAUGUCUCUGUGAUCCCUGGAUCAGUAGCUAAACUAGAACAGACUCUUUGGAGAUUGUUUCUGUUACAUUUUUGUGAAGUUUAGGUCGACAUAUGUCUAGAACUAAAAAUCCGCCAAACACCCUGUAGCCUUUUUUUGUCUGCGUGCCAAGGAAUGUCAAUCUUUGCAGCACCUCUUUGUACGGAACGGCUCUCAUGAAGCAGGAAUUGCUAAUGAGGAUGUGAUCUUGAUCUGUCCUUCCCUAUCUUUUAUUUAGGUUACUCAGUUCUGUGACAAAAGCAAUCAUAAUAUUAAAGCAACAAAUUUGCAGAAUAAAAUGUGCAACUACAGGAGCACCUGGGAAGUAAUUAUGGACUCUCCCGACUUUGCCAGUUCAUCUCCAAUAACAGUUCCCCCACCUGAUCCCACUGUCUCCUUGCUGCAAAAACAGGAGAGAGUUUUGUGUCUAGUGCUUGAUGUUUCUGGAAGUAUGGAUUUGGUAAGUCUGAUUUCCAUGUUCAGAAGACCUAUUUUGAGACAGUUCAGAAAUUAUGGUAUUAAUGUCCAUAGCGAAAACAAGUGUCAAUACAGCACUGGCAUUUAUGAACUGUGAGGCUAAAUUUUGCUGCACCUCAGUUGUUGGGAACCUUUGACCUUCCACAUAUUGCUAAACUACAACUCCCAUCAGCCCCAGAAGCAUGGAAAAUGGCAAAACAAUAAUGGGAGUUGCAGUUCAGCAACCUCUGGAGGGCCACACAUUCUCCAUGCCUGGCCUACUUGAUUAGUUUAUUUGGAUAUUUAUCAAAGUACAGCAAGUUGUUCGUAGAGGUCAGAGGUUCUAGGGCAGGACAACUUGGCUGUUGUGCAAGGCAAUCACUGCCUGCAACCCUCAGCCUAAUGUCACAUUGAUGCAGGGAACCCAGAGGGAGAGAUGGACUGUGGGAGGUGAAAAACAUGGGAGUGGGGAGCCAAAACAGAUGGGCAAAUAGAAGCAGGACGAGGAAAUCCCACUGCAAGCAUUCAGUUUAGAUGUCUAGUCUUUCAGGGUUCUCGAUACUUCAGGAAGCUUCAACAGAUACAGUGGUACCUCGGGUUACAAACGCUUCAGGUUACAGACUCCACUAACCCAGAAAUAGUACCUCGGGUUAAGAACUUUGCUUCAGGUUGAGAACAGAAAUUGUGCGGCAGCAGCACGGCCACAGUGGGAGGCCCCAUCAGCUAAAGUGGUGCUUCAGGUUAAGAACAGUUUCAGGUUAAGAACGGACCUCCAGAACGAAUUAAGUUCUUAACCAGAGGUACCACUGUACUCAGAGUUCCCUUCUGCAGAAAUUCACAGGCCUAGAAGAGCCACUUAGCUCUUGGGGAAGGGGGCUUAAGAGACACCGAAAUAAUUCGGUUAAAUCACAAGGUUUGAAUAAUCUAACUGAUAAGCAAAGAAAAACAAGAUUGUAGAAAUGAGUUGAUAUUUGCCCAGGAGAUAAUAACAUAGGCAUUUGUAUAGCAGCCACAAAAACAGCUGUGACUCCUGGUCCUUUCUAACUCUACAGUUCUGUGGUUCAUUAUUACAUAAUGAAACAUUAUAUAAUAAAUACUAUUCAAUGACACAAUUGAUGGGACAAGCCCACUGAAACAAACGGUGCUCUUGUGCACCUCCCAUCUAUUUCAAUGGAGCCUGUGCAUGAAAACGUCCAGGUGAAUUGUGUCCUAAAUCACAACACGGAUGAGAUUAUUCGGAUAUUCAUAAAUGUUAUGGACUUGUCUAUAUUCUUAUAUGUUUAUCAAGCCUUGUUUUUUUAGAGUAUAGAGUUAACAACUGUGUUUUCAGUCAUCUUCAUCAUUUGCUUCCCGGAAUGCACUGGCAGAUCUGUGAAUGCUGUUGUUGUUUUGUUUUUAAUUCAUAUGCAGAACAAUCGCACUGUUCGGCUGAAACAAGCUGCAGAAAUAUUCCUCCUGCAGAUUAUUGAAGCGGGAUCCUGGGUUGGAAUAGUUGCAUUCAGUAGCACAGCAGCAGUUAAGACUCAUUUGAAGCAGAUCAGUAACGAUAGUAUGCGCAAAACACUCACAGAGUACCUGCCUACCAGAACUACUAGAGGAACCAACAUAUGUUCUGGAGUGCGGUCAGGAUUUCAGGUGAAGAAUUUUUCCCCAGAUUCUUUUAUUCCUAUGCUUCUACUUAGUAGGGUGACCAGAUGCAAAAGAGGGCAGGACACAUAUGCAUAUUGUUACAAGCGAAAGUUAAGCCUAAAACGCUGCCCUAUGGCUUCUGUGUUGCUUGUUUUAAUAUCGCUGCUAAAAUUUUAAAUCCUCUUUUCCAUACAGGUGUUUCUACACAAGUAUGGAAGUACCAAAGGCUGUGAAAUUGUUCUCUUGACAGAUGGAGAAGAUACAGCUAUAAGCUCUUGCUUGGAUGAAGUUCAAAGAAGUGGGUCUAUAAUUCACACCAUUGCUUUGGGAUCAAAUGCUACAAAAGACCUAGAAACAUUGGCAGACAAGACGGGUAAGUGAGCAAGAAUAAUGUCUUGCAAGACUCUUCUAUGCUACCUGGUAGCCAGUUGGUGUCUCCCCAAAAAGUGAGUUCGCUCCAGGCCCAGCCACUUCGCCAAGCUACUCCCAGCCACACAAUAUUCCUCCUACUUGCUCUGUCCACAGAAACGUUUAUUUCAGCCAUGACAGCUAAAUGAGAUUGCCAUAUUCAGAACCCGCAGGGAAUCCAUUUUGACCUCAGGUUCUGCUUGUAAGUAUCCAACCGGCAUUUGGUUGCCACUGCUGGAAAUAGAAUGUGGGCUUUGACUGAGACAAGCCAUUGCUCAAGAAUGCAAAACUGAGGUGCAGGCUAGUUACUGUUACUGAGAAGCCCAUCCCAAAACUCCAUACAAGGCAAUUCUCCAUCUUCUGUCUUUCCCUCAACUCUCCAGUCAUAGUUAAGGUUUGAGUGGCCUCUGUUUUAUCUGGCUUUUAGCUCAUUGCUUUUACCUCAGGUUACAGAUGCUUCAGGUUACAGACGCUUCAGGUUACAGACUCCGCUAACCCAGAAAUAGUACCUUGGCUUAAGAACUUUGCUUCAGGAUGAGAACAGAAAUUGUGCGGCGGCAGCACGGCAGCAGCAGGAGGCCCCAUUAGCUAAAGUGGUACCUCAGGUUAAGAACAGUUUCAGGUUAAGAACAGACCUCCAGAAUGAAUUAAGUUCUUAACCAGAGGUACCACUGUACUAUGCUAUAACUUGGCAGUUUGAUGACUCUUCUCCAUUUUCUUUAACCAAUAAAUCUUUAUUGGAGAACAAAUCUUUAACCAUAGUAACACACAUACUUCUUGCUCACUCCCCCUAGUGAGCAAGAGUGGCACUGCAAUUGUGUCAAUUGAAAUAACCUAAAAAGUCCACUGGCAUGACAGGAACAUGGGUGUAAGAAUUAGAUACACAUGUAUUGACACAUGUAAAAAUAUGUAAGAGAUCUGCAAUCAGCUUUUUGAUAUAAUGUUUUCACACUAUAUUGAUGAACACAUUUUUUUAAAAAAAGAAACCUAGGGGAAAUUAGCAAAAGCGCUUGCAAAAUUUAUGUAAAUUUGUAUCUAUCAGCUUCUUUCCAAAAUCUUUUUUUUUUUAUAAAUAAUUUUUAUUAACCGGCCAAUCAAAUCAAAUUAAAUCACAUCACAUAAAUUCCGAAUUACAAAGCCGAAUUUUAAAUUUUGUUGGGGGGACCCAUAUUUCAAGAUCCGAAGGGGGGAUUCUGAUCAUCUUCUUGCUACUGCGUUAAUGUCCAAAUCAGUCCAAAUCAGUCCAAACAGAGUUCAUAAUUCUAUCCAGUCUUAUCUUGCUGUUUCCACAUCACAUCUUGUUUAUAUAUUUUCUCUUUUUCUUUAUGAUCUCUUCUGAUAGUCUCCUUAAGCCGAUAAACACCAAUAAUAAUAAUAAUCCUGUGUGAAUUUUCCGUUCUUCCAUUCCUCAAAUCGAGAUGGUUUCCAUAUAUCAUCGCCUUCAUAGAUAACAUCGCUCUUUCCAUCUCGCAAAGCUGUCGCUCUUAAGUCCCUCUGAGGAGUUUCACCCACAAUAUAUAAACAGCUCUAUUUCUCUCUUUCUCCUCCCAGACUCAAGACCUCCGACAGAACUUCCCAAUAUGGCGACGGCAUUUUUAACUGCGUCAUUCCCAAGCUCUUAUACAUUCCUCGCUCUUCUUAAAACAUGCUUUGGUUCGAAAGUUUAUCUCCACACAGCCUUAAAUCCACAGCUUAAGUCCUUAAAACGACAUUUCUGACUCGUGACUCGUGAGGGGAGGGGAUUCUUGUUAAUCACAUAAGAAAAGAAAGGAAAGUUUUUUCCCCCUCCCCCAUCAGUCAUUUGCCAUACCGUGUCUUGGCGUAUCUUCUCAUGUUUUAUUCUUGUCUUGUUUUAUCAGAGAUCUCUUCUAUAGCAGUCUUUACUUCCCUCCUUCCUUGAAAUAUGUGCAUUCCUUCAUCCAAAUUGUUUUCUUUUGAAGUUCUAGCAGCUAGUGGCGCGAAUCAGGGACGGCGUCCAGGAGUGCCGGAAUCCCACAGGAGGGCUUUGUGCCUAGUGCCCCCAUCCCCACAAGUUCGGGGGUGGUAUAGGGCACAGCAGGCAAAGGCAGUCCCCCCCACCGUCCUGGGGGGGUUAGGGAGGCUAAUUACUCCCAUCAUAGCCUCCAAAUUACCUCAUGUGGGUCGGAGAGAUGUUAUUGUCAGCCAUCUUCCGAUGCGUCCCCUAGUGGCCCCCAGCUUCUUUCCAAAAUCUGUUAAUUACUCAGGAAAAUCUCACAAAAUUCGUUCCUUGUAAAUGCCUGGCCAAAUGUAAAUAUCUGAUUUAGAGGAACUGACAAAAAGGGAGUAUUCAGAUUAUUUUUAUUAUAUGUCUCUGUAUAAGAAAUACUAUUUCUAUUUUCACAGAGGCCACAGAUCCUGAUCCAACUAUAGAAAGGUGCAGCAAAGGCCUGCUGGGUGUUCACAGUUCCUAACAUUAAAAAGCAGCGCCUGUAAUUCCGAACUGUGCCUGCACAACCACACCUGCACAUGCCACUACAAGGCACAAUGCGUAUUGCGCAGGGCAUGCUAAUCUUCUCUGUAUCGUUCCAAUUUUAGUAUAUGUGCUGCCGAAGCGUAUUGCAUUUUAUUCCACCUGACAGAAUAACUAUUCUAAUUAUUCCUUCAAUCAUAUUUCAGGGGGUCUGAAAUUUUCUAUCACUGACAGUUUGGAUUCCAACAGCCUCAUCGAUGCUUUCAGUGGACUUUCUUCGGGAAGUGGAGAUAUCAGUCAACAAUCUAUUCAGGUUUGAACUGCAAAGAUUUGAGUAUAUCAUCACUAUAACUAUCAUUGCUAUCCCUAACAUCAUCAUCAUUUAUUAUUAUUAUUAUUAUUAUUAUUAGCUUAAAAUUACUAGGCAGCAUAGAAAAACUAAAGGCAACACAGAGUGAAAUCAAUUCUACAGUUCAUAUUUUGCUAUUGUAAUAAUGAGGGAGACCCCAGGUAGAGUUCAAAGAGAAGGGCAAAUGGCCAAGAUGGAUUUUGGCAGAGCUGAAACAUUUCACAAUGUACCAUUCUGAGUUCAAAUCAACUUUAUUUUUCUCUGUCUGGACAAAUAACAAAUUGGAGAAGAGGUUUCAUUAGGAAAAUAGCAUAUGGGGAAAGUGUUUCCUUAAAAACCACCCCAGCACCAUGGUUCCAGCCCAGAAGAUUGUAUCUCCUUGGCAACCCUUUGCCAAAAUGUGGAAACUGGAAAUUUGAGUUGCCUCAUCUAGCAUUAUCCAAAUAUUGGCUGGCCAUUUCCAAGGCUAUUGAGGUAGAGGUACAAUUGUUUCCACCUGAUUCAACGUAGCUGCUUAUCUGCCUUCCUCCAUGUCUGUAACAUUGAAAUAUUGAUAGAAAGUAAAUUUAUCACCACUGGACAAACCAAUAUCUGUAUGGGGCAAGACGUAUCAUGUCAUGACUGUACCAGCACUUUUAUUACUGGCUGAGUAUUGCGUAUUACUUGUCCAGCAGAACUAACCACUGUGAAGGCACCUUCUAAACAAUGUACCACCACUCAUUUCUUUACACCUUAUGAAAGGAAAUAAACCAUAUGUAUUCAAUUUAUAAAACUUUUCAGAUACUGUAUACUUAUUUCUCCCCCCUCCUCCCACCAACAGCUUGAAAGUAGCGGGCAAAGCGUCGGUUCCCAAGACCAGCUGAAUGGUAUUGUAACCAUUGAUAAAACAGUGGGGAAUGACACUUUCUUCGUGGUGACGUGGGGCACAUCCCCACCGGAAAUUCUGCUCACAGAUCCCAAAGGAAGAGAGUACACUGAAAAAGACUUUGCAAUUGAUGACACCAACGUCCGAACAGCUCGCCUCAAGAUUGAUGGAACCGCAGAGGUAAAAACUGAGCUCUUCUCAAACUUCUCUGCUUGUCUAACCAAAUGGGGCAAUGCCUGUCUCAUUGCAUUUUUUUUGGAACAAGUGCCAGCAAAGGGUUCUGCCACUACAGCUAAAGUAGCAUAUAGAUUAUGCAAGCAGGGAAGAGCCAUUUGCUUCCAGAAGUCCCAUAUGUAGCAUUCUGCAGUAGUCUUAAUGAGCUUCAGUAUUCCAGAUUAGCAUUUCCCACACCCUCAGAGUAUGGUGAUGAGGGCUGUGCCUGCCGAGUCCAAUACCAUGAAACGGUUCAUGAAGUGUUUUUAAGGUCCCUUCACAGCUGCUGCUGGAUCUGUGUUGGCUUCUCUGAAGCUGGACCUCACCUGGGAAAUGCACAAGCUUCCUUCCUGUCUUCCUGAUCCUAAUGGUCAUUUGGGAAGUGAGCAGGUGUAUGUACCUGCAUGUGUCCGUCACCUCAUCACCCUCACUUGAGCAUACAGCAUACCCUGAGGCAAGAUACAUACUUCAAUGGGUAAUUACUGGCUCGUUGAGUUUUCAUCCAGCUCUGAAAUUGCCGUAAAAAAAGGUAAACAAUAACAUUAGUUUUGAAAACCUAAAGGACCAGAUCAGGAAUAGUUAACAAUAGUGAAAUGAGAAAUGAAGCAAAAUGAUCAGAGUGAGGAGUCAAUUGAAUCAUGUUCCAAAUUGGUACCAAGAAUCGGAUUAUAAGCGGGAACCAUUUUAGGCGUGUCCAAUUGACACCUGAUCAUUGACCUGAGGGUCCUUUUGGAACUGGAAGGGGGCAGGGCGGGCUGGAAUAGAAGCGGGACAUAAUGUUUUGUGUUUUUUUUAAAAUGAUAUUUAUUAAGGUUUCCAAAAAGAAAAGUUACAUAUGUAAAAAAAAGAAAAAUAGAAAAAAUGCAAAAUACAAAAUACAAAAUACAGAAAAAAUAAAAAAGACUUAAAAAACAAAUCAAUCUUUCCAUGCCUUACAUUUCAUUUGCUUGUUUCCCUGACCUCCUCACGCCUCCCUUUUUUGUAUUCCAGUUCAGUUAAUUAAUUCAGCAAUUCCUUUCCCUCUUUGUUUUUAUCUUAAUCCUUUAACUUAAUAUAUUAUAGCUUUAGGUUCUCUCCUGUUAACAAUCCAUUUUUACAUACACCUUAUAACAUUACUGCUAAAACCACUUAACUUCAUUCUGACAUCAUUCUAACAUUCAUUAAUUUUACAGUAUUUCUGUAAAUAGUCUUUAAAUUUCUUCCAAUCUUCUUCCACCGACUCGAAGCGGGACAUAAUGGGGCAGGGCACUCAGGGGGCGGGAACAGAACCCCCAUGCAAAAUGGCCACUGCCUUUAAGAGUAAGCAUCAUUCAUCCCCCCUGGAGCCAACCCACUACACUGCAGAAUAGUGAAUCCUUCAAAAAUCUAGGGUGGUAGAAUCCUGGGCACUCCUGGGAGCCUGUAAUUAUUUAUUGUCGAUCUUUCUUGUGCCCAAAGGAGUAAUACUCUCAUGGUGUGCUGUUGGAGAAUUACUAGCUGUGUCCAAUUCAUCUAAGAAGCAAUUUUUUUCAAUAAUCUUCUUCAACGAUUAAGCUGUUUCUUUUUAUUAAAAAAAAAAAUCUCUUUUGCUUAUUUGAGUGAUAUCAAGCUCUUAUGUGUCUUGGUAGGAUGAGAUGGUGGAGAGGAGCAUGGGACUUUGAAGGGUGGCUGAUCCUUGAGGGAGGUGGCAAACUGAGAGAUGAAAAUGGCAAACCAGUCUCUCCCGCAAGUUGUUGUUGUUUAGUCGUUUAGUCGUGUCCGACUCUUCGUGACCCCAUGGACCAGAGCACACCAGGCACUCCUGUCUUCCACUGCCUCCCGCAGUUUGGUCAAACUCAUGCUGGUAGCUUCAAGAACACUGUCCAACCAUCUCGUCCUCUGUCGUCCCCUUCUCCUUGUGCCUUCAAUCUUUCCCAACAUCAGGGUUGUCUUUGUCCAUUGAGUUUUCUUGGCAGGGAUAUUGGAGUGGCUUGCCGGUUCCUGCUCUAGGUGGAUCACGUUUGGUCAAAACUCUCCACUAUGACCUGUCCAUCUUGGGUGGCCCUGCACGGCAUAGCUCAUAGCUUCUCUGAGUUAUUCAAGCCCGUUCACCACAGCCUUGCUAAUUUGGCUCCUUCCUGCAGCAAGAGAGAGAGAGAGAGAGAGAGAGAGAGAGAGAGAGAGAUCAGUUUCCCUAUGGCAUCACUGCUCACUAACUAGGCCAAAGCCAACAGAGAAAAAAGUUUGUAGGGCUGACUUCUCUCUCUUUUUUUACAAAAGUGUGUGUGUGUGAGGAAUGGAAUGGCAGAAAGUUUCGCAGUGAGCAGACAAGGGAAUAGAAUUUGCUAUUGUGUUUGUGCUCAAGGAAAGAAACCGCGCAAGCAAAUACAAUCAAUAUUCACCAUUGUUGGUUGUGUUAGCCUGCAAACAAUACAUAAUUGUAAUCAUUUUAAUAAAAAGACACCUACCUUUAUCAAAGCACAAGAGAAACCAGAGGGAAUGGAAAUGCGUUUAUAAACACAACUUAGAUACUCAAUAGUCUUCUGUAUUUCAACACUUGAUUUUCAGACAGGAGACUGGAUUUAUUCAAUCAAGAACACACAUUCGGGAGCACAAGUCAUAUCAAUAGCGGCAACCACUCGAGCAGCCUCUGCCUCUGUGCCUCCUUUGAUUGUGAAGCCCUACACGAAAAGCAAUACCAAUAAGUUUCCUAGUCCGAUGGUUAUUUAUGCAGAAGUCAGCCAAGGAUUCUUGCCUGUCAUUGGUGCAAAAGUCACAGUGAUGGUCGAACCAGAGAUUGGAACACCAGUAGAACUGGAGCUUUAUGAUGAUGGUUCAGGUAAGCUUAUUUCAAAGCAUUUACGGAAGUAUGCAUUUAAAAUUUUUUCAAAAGCAAGUUUUUCAAAAGUCAAUUUUCAUUGACUCCUUUGAAAUGGAGUAAAUGUAUAAUUAUUGCAAAUCCAAAUAUAUGUAUUGGACUUGCCUUGUACCAUGUGGCUCGCUAUACCUGCCUUUGUGAACUGGAAUCAUUGCAUAUAAUGACCUCAUUCUGGGCUCUGUCCCAAGCUCCAUCAAGUCGUGCAAAUUGUGUCUGUGAAAUGUUGGGGAGCAUGGUGACCUACCAAUGUUUGGGAAAAAGAAAACAUCUUUGCCUGGUGCUGAAACAAUGGCAACAUUGGUGCCCGGUGUAUCUGGGAGAACCUGUCGUCUUCUUCUUCUUCUUCUUCUUCUUCUUCUUCUUCUUCUUCUUCUUCUUCUUUUUCUUUAUUGAAUUUAUAUGAGGGAGGUGAUUGCCAGCCUCCAGACCUCCCUCAGAGAUUGCACAUAGGGAAGCAUCCCAGAUGAUGAUCUCAGGACCUGGGUUCAUAUGCGGAAAGGGGGUCCUUUAAAUCUAUUUAUCACAGUAAUCCACCAGGAGUUUGAUAAAUGUGCUGAUUUUGCUAGCUGCCUGGGAGUGCCAAAAAUUGAGCUCGGCAGGAGUUCGGCAGGCCACAAAACAUGCUGGUGUGUUUGGUUGGUCCCAAGUUUUGCUGGCCUGUGUUUUAUUGACAUCAACUAUUAACAUUAUGAUUCCAUACUACCACUUUCAGAAUCAUCUAUUUCCACGGAUACAGCAACACAUACUGUGAAAUGAACAUAGGUUUUGUAGGUUGUUGGGUUUUUUUUAAUGACCAGAAGUGUGACAGUUGCUUCGGAUGUCACUUUUCAAUAUUUAUGUACUCAGGCGCCGAUAUUCUCAAGAAUGACGGAAUCUACUCAAGGUAUUUCACAUCAUUCAGAGGAAACGGUAGACACAAUAUCAAAGUGCGUGUCCAAGGAAAAGACCAGACCCUCAGACGGUCCCGUAGACAGAGUCAAGCUUUAUAUCUAACAGGAUUUGUAGAAGAAGAUGGUAAGCAAGUGUUAUGAAAUAGCUCUACUGCUGGUAUGUUAGCUCUGUGGUUCUCCAAGUAUGAAAUUGGGGAUGGAUCUACACACAGGGGGGAAAUGCUAUAAGUAAGUCAUAAAUUAAAUCGUUCUACUGUAACAAAAGUGGGGGGGAACGCUAUGUAAAAUCUCAAAGGAAAGGUUUGUGCUCUACAGCGCCAUCUGGUGUGCAUGUUUAUAACACAUUCAAAACACUGUUUUUUGACUAAUGCAGCUGAGUCCUGGGUCUCUCAGUAGAAACACAAGCAUUUUCCUUCCCUAUCAUUGUCUUUAUGUAGAUCUGGACAAUUGAGUAUACAACUCUGAUGCACCCACACCCUUCUAUCCUAUAAUAUUCUAAUCUACUGUGCGCUUCCCAAAUUAGUAGGUAAACGAAAUGUGUUAUUUGAACUGAUGAAACAACCUAAUUCUUACUAGGGUUUAAAAUAAAUACUCUGCCAUCCUUCUUUUGGUCCUAAGUGCACAAGAGUGCAGCCUUAAUUGAUUUAUUGUUUGCAUAUACUUAUACUUCGAGCAUUUCAGAUUCUCUUCUGUUUCCACUCGUUGCCAGCACAAAGUCUAGAGCAAGUUGCCUUUGUCUUGCCAUAGUAUUUCUAGCCAAUCAUAUGCAAUGCAGCCUGGUUUUGUGUUGCAUGUAGAUAAUUUAUAUGCCUCUCAAUUACAUUGAUUUCUCAAGUGGUACACGAGGAAUGCAAUACAAUGAAAAUAAAAAUCUGUUAAAACUGUAAAGCACCAAGAAAGUUUAGAUGUUUAUAGUUAUGGCUGUUCUUCCCCCACUUUUGUAGGUCAAAUAACAAUGAACCCCCCCAAACCUGAACCUACAGAUGAUGAACUCCAAACCAAUCUAGGAAGCGUCAGUAGAGUUGCCUCAGGUGGUUCCUUUGUAGUAUCAGGAGUCCCUUUGGCAGACACCAUCCCAGAUGCUUUUCCACCCUCUAAAAUUACUGACCUUGAGGUAAAACUAGAUGAGGAUGAUGAUCAUUUCUGUUUCGCAUGGACGGCUCCUGGAAAUGACUAUGAUGCAGGACAAGGUAAGUGUGGAAGCCUGCUUUAAUCAACCCACAAGGCUGCUUUGCUUACAGAAAAGAUUAUUAUUAUUAUUAUUUUUAAAAGUAUAAUGGGGUGGAUGGAGAAUUUACACCAGCCACCUCUCCCUGUAAUAUCCUGGAGGUAACAUUCUACCCCAAACUACCUUCCGCGGUUUGCCUUCCGCAAACUGCCUUCCGCAACUGGCACUGAGACAGAACUGCCUUGAUAAAAGCAUGCAACACAAAUCUCCAUCCAACAGGAUCCAGAAUGCUGUUGGGUUGCAAAAGCAACAUAGCCCAAAACCAAGGUUGUCUCAACACUGCCACCUGCAUGGCAACAUCCUCCCAAAGUUUCUGCAUAAUAAAGUAGCAAAAGUCUAGAUUCCUGACACACCAUGUCAGGAAUGGGGGAGUUGAGUGGCUGUUUUUCUUCUGUGGAAUGGGUACCCUAUGGUGCCCAUGACAGUUUCUUAAAUUUUUUUAAUCUUCACUGUUUAUUAAAUAUGUAUACAGUGGUACCUCGGUUUCCGAACUUAAUCCAUUCCGGAAGUCCGUUCUUAAACCGAAACCGUUCUUAAACUGAGGUGUGUUUUCUCUAAUGAGGCCUCCCACCACCGGUGCCCUUCCACCAUUCAGAUUCCAUUCUUAGACCGAGGUAAAGUUCUCAAACCGGGACACUACUUCCGGUUUUGUGGAGUUUGUAAACCAAAUCGUUUGUGAACAGGACUGUUCUUAAACUGAAGUAUAGUGGUACCUCGGGUUAAGAACUUAAUUCGUUCUUAACCUGAAACUGUUCUUAACCUGAAGCACCACUUUAGCUAAAGGGGCCUCCCGCUGCUGCCACGCCGCCACUGCACGAUUUCUGUUCUCAUCCUGAAGCAAAGUUCUUAACCUGAGGUAAUAUUUCUGGGUUAGUGGAGUCUGUAACCUGAAGUAUAUGUAACCUGAAGCGUAUGUAACCCGAGGUACCACUGUACCGCCCUUCAUCUGAAGAACCCAGGUUAGUUCACAUUAGAAAAAACAAAAAAAAUACACGGAAGCAGAUUUUUGUCUCUGUUAUUCCUGAAGACGUAGGUCCCUAAUGGAUGCCUGUUGUGUGUUUUCAUUUCGCAGCUGAAAGAUAUGAAAUAAAAAUGAGUGAAAAUCCCUUUGAAUUAAGAAAUGAAACUUUUAAUGACGCCACUUCUGUGAACACUACUGGACUUGCAGUGGAAAUUUCUGGGGUCAAACAAAUGUUUCGGUAUAAGCCCCACAACUUCAUGAAAGAAAAUGGCACCUCCAUCUACUUUGCAAUUCGUGCCAUUGAUGGCAGCAGCAACAUUGGAGAUGUAUCUAACAUAGCAAGAGCAGUUGUGCUUCUUCCUGCGUUGCCACCUACUCCUGCUAGUCCAGUUACAACUUCUACUGCUCACACUACUCCAGAUGACAAAUACUCUGUUUCGCCUACUCUGGAUGACAAACAUACAACUCCCUCUAAUGUGAAACCCACCUGUGCUAAUGAUACCAACGCAAUAAAUACCACUAUGGAAACUGUGAUCAUCGUAUGUGCUUCUGCAAUUAUAAUUUGUGCUAUUGUAAGUAUAACAGUUUGUGUUUUGCGGAAGCAAAGAUACAGAAGUUAUGACACUUGCAUGGAUAUUAGUGUUGUUAAUAAGAAUGCCCUCACUAUUUUGUAA